AAUAUUGGGGUCAAAGAGAAAAUUUGAGGACACACAUAGUCCCGAAUUGGCCCGUCUAUCUUUUGGUCUUCACCGGUAACGAUUACGAAAAACGACGAAGCCAAAACAAUGACAGAGGAUAAUUUGUCUCUGCAACAAUCCGUUUCAGCAACGGCACCUUCAAUUUCCAAGCAAAGAAAGAAGAGGAGGUGGGAUCAGCCUGACGAGUCUUUAGUCUCUUGCGGAGUUGUUUUACCUGGGAUGCUAGCUAUGAGCACUGUAGGAUCUCCUGGUGUAUCUCCUCCUGGUGCAUUUUCAUCUUCUUGUGCCCCUUCAACAAGUUUAAUGAAAGUUGCUAAUGUCAGUAUACAGUCACCAUUAGUGCAGCAGCAAGCUGCUGCAGUGGUCCAAAAACUAAAUCAGUCAAAGAUUCAGGAGGAGCUAAUAAUAGCAAGAGAAAUAGUCAUAAAUGAUGCAGAUCCUGCUAUGCGUUACAAGCUCACAAAACGACAGACACAGGAAGAGAUUCAGAAGUGCACUGGUGCAGUUGUAAUAACUAGGGGCAAGUAUCGACCACCCAAUGCAGUUCCAGAUGGUGAAAAACCACUUUACCUUCAUAUAUCUGCGGGAGCUCAUUUAAAAGAGACAGCAGAACGGAUCCUUGCAGUAGAUCGUGCAGCUGCAACGGUCGAGGAUAUGCUGAAGCAGGCUUCUCAUCCGCUGAGCACCAGUGUGUAUUUGGGCUUUGAUGCAGAUCCUUCACUCAACAUUGCUGCAAGGAUACGUGGUCCUAAUGACCAGUAUAUAAAUCACAUUAUAAAUGAAACAGGAGCUUUAGUUGUACUACGUGGGCGUGGUUCAGGGUAUCUUGGGAAUACUAUUGGUGAAGGGGGACAGCAACCUUUGCAUCUAUUGCUGUCAAGUAAUAAUCAAAAAAGCCUUGAAGCUGCAAAGGUUUUGGCUGAAAAUCUAUUGGAUACAAUUGGUCGAGAGUGUGGUGCUAAAAGGGUAUCGUCAUGUAAAGUUUAUGGUGCUGUUCCACCCCCACAACAAUUGUUGGUUGGCAUUCAGAGUCCAGGGACAGAAAUGCACGAAUACUUGAAUACUGCCACUAGUAUGGCUAGCUCAGCUGCAACUUCAGUGCCAAGUAUACCUGCUCUUCCUGUUGUGGCACCAGUGAUCCCAACUACCUUUUCUUACGGGCCAUUAGUGCAACCUGGAAACGCGCUUCAACCUGGUCUUGCCUGUGCAAAUGGGCUUCUGUAUUCUCCACCACCAUUGACUGCGUGUACUAGCUACAGUGGAUAUGCUGGAGUAUACCCACAAGCCACACCUCUGCAACAAGUUUCGUUAGCUCUUAGGCAGUCAGGUCCAGUUUCUUCAACUGUUGCUCCUGCAACAUCAGCUGCAAGGGUGAUGCUGAAAAGCUCAUCGGAAUCAGAAACGCGGCCUCCUUCGAAACGGAAAUUUCAGGAGUCACCUGCAGCUUUUAAUGGACCUGCAUUACUUCAACAGGAGUCAGAUCUCCAAGACCCACAUAAAUGUCCGUCACAUAUGGAGAAAAGUGAGAGUGAAACGCCACCACCUCUCGCCUUAAAAAGUCUGCUUCCUCCCCCUGCUCCAAGAAGUAAUUCUUCAAUAUGUUCUGUGGAUUCACUGAAGAGAGUGCACUUACCGCCACCUCCACCUCCACCUCCACCUAUGAUUAAUUCAUCACUUUCUGUCAGUAAAGGGAUCAAGAAGGAUGGAUUUUCUAUUUCAAUCAAUUCAAGUUCUCCUGCUGUACCAGAAACUUUGGUGAAGCUAAUGGAAUAUGGGGAUGAUGAUGAUGAGGAUACUGACGAAAGUGGGAAUGAUUUAUUGAAGAAAAGCGUGAAGGAAAAUGCCACCUCAAAACCGUUCUGGGCGGUGUGAAAUGAUUUCUGAUGAUAUAUACUUUGGACCGAGAAAGUUGCAAGUUAUCUAGUCAAUUGCAGUACAAAGACGAGCCUGUAAUGAAGAAACUAGAGAAUUGACUCACUUUACUACACUUUCAUCAAUUGCCACAAUUAGGGGCAAAGAAUGGACUUGCCGUACAAGUCAAUUAAGUCACGAUGAAUCAUUCAACUCUCGUAUAAUCGUAGGAUAGAGUAGAUUUCACUCUUCGCCAGUAUAUCAGGAGUUUACUAAUGUCGACUGUUGUACAGGUCUGAAGGGUUUUUGGUUUGAUCUUACCGGCGGAAAUCUUGAUCCUCUUUUAGUGUGUCGAUGCAUAGAGGUAAAUCUGCAAACUGUAACAUGUUAGUAUGUAAUGAAAAGCGAGUACCUUGAGCUUGUAACACCAUUUGUCUGCUAAUUAUCCAGUUUGCUUUGUGAAUUCACUUCAUUUUCUCAGUUUAAAAGUAUGUUCUUUGGGCAUUCUCUAUGUGUUUGUGAGCAAAAGUGGUUUAUUGCUA